AUGGACGAAAUGAAAGCAAAUCAUGUCACUCCAGAACGUUACCGGAAGUACGGUACAGGUGGCGAGUUGCGUCUGUCCACUGGGUUCUUCCAGCUUGAUGUACGAAUGAUUGUUAAGCUUGUCAAGCAAUUGGUAGCCAGUUCCACAGGAUAUCCAGCUUGCUAUCGACUGCGAUUGUCCGACGGCGCUUUCCAUUACUCUGGCGUUUUUGUUUCGGCGAGCUUGCAAAAGCAGUGCGCUCGCGAUAUGUUGGUUGGAAACGCUGAAAACGGUGGUGAAAUACUUGCGAUAACAAAAAUGCACAUGGAUUCUAAACGCUGGGUUGGCAAGAAAGCAGAUGGUACUUUCGGCAAACCAAUGCUUGUGAUAAGAGCUUACGAGCUGCUCUCAAGAGGUCACCCUAUACUUUCGCCUGGAGCAAGCCAUGACGGUGAUAAGAAUAGAUUUACUCGUUUUUCAUCUACUUCUAUAUAUUCCGUACCUUGGAGUGAUCUCAGCUUGACGGACAAGGGGACUGCUCCUUCUGCACCGGUUACUCGUCAACCAAAACCGUUGGACGAAGUUACGCCAAUUAGCAUGCUAACCCCACACGUUAGCAAAUGGGUCAUAUGCGGUCUUUGUACUUCAAAGGAUGAAAUGAAAUCAGUUAGAUCACGUGGUGGACAGGGUCUCAUGAAGGUGUUCAGUUUCGAGUUGACUGACAAAGACGGAGUGGCCAUACGCAUCACUGCUUUCGACGAAGCUGCUCCGACAACGUUUGAUAUAUCUUACUACGUAUCUGGUUGCACUGUCAAACAGUCCAAUAAACGCUUCGAUAUUACUGGCCAUAACUACGAAUUAUCCGUCACCGCAAACACGAAGAUCGUCCCUUGUCAUGUCGAUAUAGGAAAACCACAGCCUGCACUGAAAAUUUGUCCACUUUCAAAUGUGCAAAGCCAUAAAGAUGAGAAUGUCAAUGUGCUUGCUAUUGUUGAUCAAAUCAAUCCGGUGCUUGAGUUCGUUUCGAGGCAAGGUCGCCCUUGCGUCAAACGUGACGUAGACUUGAUAGAUCAGUCGGGCACGAUAGUCCGCUUGACAUUAUGGGCUGAUCAAGCCAAACAGUUUCAAGAUACUGCUCUCGGUCAAGCCAUCUCUAUCAAAGGAGCAUUAGUGAAGGAAUGGAAUGGUUCUUUCAGUUUGUCGCUAGCUUCAGCAUCGAGAAUUUUGCUAGGCCCGCAAAUCGACGGAGUUUCUGCUUUACUUGACUGGUAUUCUACCGAACGGGCUACAGCAGAUGUCAAAAAUAAUGGUUUGGCUGCAAUCGAUGGGAGCAAUACCUUCGAGCGUGAUCUCUGCUUUAUCGCUUCUGCGAAGGCGUUUGCGCUCAAAAACGGAAACGUGUCGUCAAAGGGUCGAUAUUUGAAUUUCAAAGCGAUGAUCACUUCAGUUAAGACGGACACAGCAUUGUACAAGGGUUGCUCAAAUGAAGGAUGCUCAAAGAAGGUCGUACAAGUCGGUAGUGGUCAGUAUCGCUGUGCGAAAUGCGAUACGUCCAUGCCGACAUUCAAAUGGGCUUACAUGGCUCAGGUCGAAUUGACUGAUCUUACUGGUUCCAUUUGGGCAACAUUGUUUUCUAAUGCUGCAACGAAACUGUUCGGUUUAGAAGCGCAGCAUUUAGGUGAAAUGAAACGUGAUAACGAUGGAUACGUCGACAUAUUAAACAGCAUGUCCUUCAAAUACUUCAACUGGCGGGUCAGCGCGCGUUCUACCACAUAUAAUGAGGAAAAUCGGGUGCAAUACACGGUUCUGACUUGCGAUCCUGUCCCCUACGAUAAUUAUAUCGUUCACUUGAACGAUUCCCUGAUUUUUCUACAAGAGCUACAGUGCUAA